CGAAGCGCGCGUGCGCACCGGCUCUCACUGUCAUGGUCGGCCAAACUCGCGCGGAGCCAGUUCUCGCGGGAUAGCGAGUUGCUUCUCGUCUCCCACUCCCGUCCGCCUGUUUUCUUGAGUACUGGGCGCUACAGGUCGUGGGGGUGCUUUAUCGUUUCCACCCCGGGUCCACCUUGUUGCCUGGUUACAUGACAACCGUCCAUCUUGCCUACUGCUCUGUGCGCCCCACGAGGGCUCUACUCGGCCCCGGCGGCCCCCGGGACGCUUCUGCCACUCGCCGGUGUAAGGACAGGCUGAGCGGCCCGGGAGCGCGCAGGCGUGGUAGCUCCGGCCGCGCUUCCGGGACGACGCCGUGGGACUCUUUUGGCGCCGGCAGCGGCGCGAGUGAGGACGGCGGCCCGGAGGGCGCGGCCCAGCGCUCCGCGUUCUGGGUCCCAGCGGCGCCAUGCGCUAUAACGAGAAGGAGCUGCAGGCGCUGUCCCGGCAGCCGGCCGAGAUGGCAGCUGAGCUGGGCAUGCGGGGCCCCAAGAAGGGCAGCGUGGUGAAACGGCGGCUGGUGAAGCUGGUGGUCAACUUCCUCUUCUACUUCCGGACGGACGAGGCGGAGCCCGUCGGAGCCCUGCUGCUGGAGCACUGCAGAGUCACUCAGGAAGAGCCCAGCGGCUUCUCCAUCAGCUUUCUAGAGGACCCAGAGAGAAAGUAUCACUUUGAGUGUUGCAGUGAGGAGCAGUGUCAAGAGUGGAUGGCUGCUCUGCGUCGAGCCAGUUACGAGUUCAUGCGGAGGAGCCUCAUCUUCUACCGGAAUGAGAUCCAGAAGAUGACUGGCAAGGAUCCCCUGGAGCAGUUCGGCAUAUCGGAGGAGGCCAGGUUCCAGCUGAGCGGCCUGAAGGGCCUGCCUUCCGGAGCAGGUGGGGCUUCUGCUGGGAGUGACCGUCCUCCCCAGCUGGGGAUGGCUAUCACGGCCCGGGACCCUCUUUGCGCUCCAAGACCUUGCCGUGUCACGGUCGGGAAGAAACACUGCCACCAGACCAGGUUCAAGUGAAAACAGUUGUUAGGUUUUCCUGAGCAAAGCGACAGCAGCCGUCAGACCUGGAGCACCCGCAUCGGCAGCAGCGGUGGGGCUCCCGCAGGGCCGCUCCCCACGCACGCCAGCCGGCGCCCUACUCCCGUGGCUGGCGUCAGCGGCGGCGCUCAGGCUGGGACCGGAGGGUGGGUGUGGAGAGGCCGAGCUGGGCCCCGCUGUGGGGCAGGCCCUGCGCGGGUCGUCCGUCCCCUGGUGCUUGCGCGUGCGUGCAGAGGACAGACGCGGCGCGGUGGUCCUCCCGAAGUGACGCAGUGUUUGUGUACAGUGUCCUUUGUUCAGAUGGGGGCUCCGCUGGCAGCGCCGUAGCUUUCUCGGGAGCCCUGUGUUCCUGACACGGGGAGGGGAGCCUCUUGGAGAGGCCGGGGGCCGGGGGUCAGGACAGCACCGUCGUGCACUGGGAGCACCGACCUGGGGGGAAGGGGGGCAGGGCGGGCGGUCACAGGAGGAAGGCUCCGUCUCUAGCCUGAUUGCUGCCCCACACAGUGUAGAGGUGGCUGCAGGCAGCGCACUGGCCCUCUCUGACCCUUGUGGCCUGCGUCCCGGGGGUCAGGAAGCGGGGCUGGGCCUCGGCCACCACACUGACCCCACUCAAGGGCAGGCAGAGGACCCGUGGCGUCCACCUCUGAAGGGUACGUGGAGUCGGCCAGGCCGGGGAAGGCUCACGUUAGGCCACCACACAGAGGCCCACCCUCCCGCGCUCCUUGACGGGUGCCGCCUGGGUGGCAGACACCUGAGGAUGGGGCUCCGACUGCCCAUACUCAGCCCUCGCUGGGGCGCCCACCUUUGGCCGAUGUUGGCCCUUUCGGGGGACCGAGAACUUCUCGGGAGGCACACAGACAACAUUGCCCCACCCAGGGACCCAGGACCGGUCACAGGUGCUGUGCUCGAGGGACCGAGAACCCUACCGGCCACCUCGGAGCCUCAGGGAGCAGCCCUCCUGCCCGGCCACCCCCAGCGCAUCCCUUCCCAAGCACCACGGUGGCCGCUCGGGUGGAGCAGGUGUCACCCCAGCAGGGUGGGCAGGAGGGCCCUGGGCCAGUGCUGCUGUGCACUUGAACAGGCGGGAGGGUUUCCCCUCACUUUCGUUUCUUCCUUUUCUCUUUAGUUUACUGUGUAUUCGUCAUACAGUCUAAAAAUAAAUGAAGUCCGUCUAUGAAAUUUAUAAAUUUUCAUCACUUCUCUAUAAAAUACUGUCACCUGUCAGCGUGACUCCCUUGUAGACAAAGCAGGCACCCACAACUAACCCGCCUGCGUCCCCGGCCACCACAGGAGCCGACCCUGCAGCGGGGGGGGGCUGCGGCAUGAGCCCAGGGCGAGCGGAGACGUACAAAGUAAAUGCGCCUGUCACACGAGUGAGCCAGCCAGGCAGGCAGCAGAGUCGGGUACCAGACCCUCCUCACAAGCACCACUGAGAACGGGUCCCCUCCUCGAGGCUCCGCCACCGCAGCCUUGCCGCGCAGGACUGCCGUUCCGAUGCCAAAGGCGCCAUCCCGAGGGCUGAGCCGAGGCCGUUCACAGUGAUGGCGGGGCGGGGCGGGCCUCCACCGGAGACGCCGCCUUUGGUAUGGGAAGAGCGGCGGGAAUGAACACGCCAGGCGCUAGGGCCUGGCGUUGGCGUGGUCAACCUCGAGAGUCAGCACCAAGAGCACGUGGAGGCGCGAGCCUGGCGACGAGAUAGCACCGGGCCGGCUGCCAGCGUCUCCGCGGUGGGCCGGUCCUUCGGCGAUGUCUUUACAUAUAUUCUCUCAUAUAAUAUAGUAUCUACAUCUCUCGAUAGGUUGCCUUCACGACUUCGGUGGAAUAAAAUAAGUCAAAAUUAUUUAUACUUUUUAAAAAACGAUAAAUACUUUAUCUAAGACUAUCGACAGUACAGGCUGGAGCCAGGCCCCAGCGCGCCGUCUCCGCAGC